CUAUUUUAGGUUUGUUGACAACUCAAGUUUCAGUUUCCAGCAGCACAAAAUGUACUGUUUCUGUUUGAAGUGUGUCUGAGUCUUGGCUGAAAACGUUUCUCUCAUUUAAAGAAUCUGGAAGAUAAAUAGUUGCUGCAAAGAACACUGACAACUUCAAAGCAAAAUGAAGUUCUUUCUAUUGCUUUCAGUCAUUGGGUUCUGCUGGGCUCAGUAUGCCCCAAAUACCAAACCUGGACGGACAUCUAUUGUCCAUCUGUUUGAGUGGCGCUGGGCUGACAUUGCUCUUGAAUGUGAGCGAUACUUAGCUCCCAGAGGAUUUGGAGGGGUUCAGAUCUCUCCACCCAAUGAAAAUGUUGUGAUUAAUAGCCCUUUAAGACCUUGGUGGGAAAGAUACCAACCAGUUAGCUACAAGUUAUGCACAAGAUCAGGAAAUGAAAAUGAAUUCAAAGACAUGGUGACUAGAUGUAACAACGUUGGUGUCCAUAUUUAUGUGGAUGCUGUAAUUAAUCAUAUGAGUGGGAAUGGUGUGGGUGCAGGAACAAGCAGUACUUGUGGAAGUUACUUCAACCCUGGAAAUAGAGAUUUUCCAGCAGUCCCAUUCUCUCAUUGGGAUUUUAAUGAUGGUAAAUGUAGAACUGGAAGUGGAGACAUUGAGAACUAUAAUGAUCCUUAUCAGGUCAGAGAUUGUCGUCUGGUGGGUCUUCUUGAUCUUGCACUGGAGAAAGAUUAUGUGCGUUCUAAGAUUGCUGAAUAUCUGAACCGCCUCAUUGACAUUGGUGUAGCAGGGUUCAGAAUUGAUGCUUCUAAGCACAUGUGGCCUGGAGACAUGAAGGCAAUUUUGGAUAAACUGCAUAAUCUAAGUACAAACUGGUUCCCCGAAGGAAGUAAACCCUUCAUUUACCAGGAGGUAAUUGAUCUGGGUGGUGAGCCAAUGAAAAGCAGUGAGUACUUUGGAAAUGGCUGUGUGACAGAAUUCAAGUAUGGUGCAAAAUUAGGCACAGUUCUGCGCAAGUGGGAUGGAGAGAAGAUGGCUUACUUAAAGAACUGGGGAGAAGGAUGGGGUUUCAUGCGUUCUGACAGAGCACUUGUCUUCGUGGACAAUCAUGACAAUCAGCGAGGACAUGGAGCUGGAGGAGCAUCUAUUCUAACAUUCUGGGACUCCAGACUGUACAAAAUGGCAGUUGGAUUUAUGCUUGCUCAUCCGUAUGGAUUUACACGAGUAAUGUCAAGCUUCCGUUGGCCAAGACAUUUUGAAAAUGGAAAAGAUGUUAAUGAUUGGAUUGGGCCACCGAAUAAUAAUGGAGUAAUUAAAGAAGUUACUAUUAAUCCAGACACCACUUGUGGCAAUGAUUGGGUCUGUGAACAUCGGUGGCGUCAAAUAAGGAACAUGGUUAUGUUCCGUAAUGUAGUUGAUGGCCAACCUUUUACAAACUGGUGGGAUAAUGGUAGCAAUCAAGUAGCUUUUGGAAGAGGAAACAGAGGAUUUAUUGUUUUUAACAAUGAUGACUGGCCAUUAUCUUUAACUUUGCAAACUGGUCUUCCUGCUGGCACAUAUUGUGAUGUUAUUUCUGGAGAUAAAAUUGAUGACAAUUGUACAGGAAUUAAAAUUUAUGUUUCUGGGGAUGGCAAUGCUCAUUUUUCUGUUAGUAACUCUGCUGAAGAUCCAUUUAUUGCAAUUCAUGCUGAAUCUAAAUUAUAAAAUUUGAAGCAAAUACACAUAAUCAGAGAAAAAACCAAGUGUAUUUCUUUGUGUAUGUGUGUGUGUGUGCGCGUUUGUAUUCUUAUAAUUCAUUAAUUUUUGGUAAAAGCUAUAAGUAACCAACUUGAAAAACUCAGAAAAGCAUACAAAUCGUAUAUAAUUAUAAGGUAGCCACAAUCAACAUCAUGUUAUAUUUUAGAAGACUUAUGAUGACUUAUUUGUCAAAAGAAUUUCUAAGAAUUCAGAGAGGCAUCUGGAUAAAUAUGUUUGUUGCCAUUAACACCAUUUGCCCAGUAUGUAUUUCUGUAUUUCUUCCAUCAAGUAUUUCUAAGAAUUAGUUAGGGAUAGUUGAUUUAAUGAUGAUUCCCAUACAGAAUUAGAACACUUGAAUGGUUUUAACAGUAUGAAAGCCCUUUUACAGUUAAUAAGUUAAAAACUUAAAUUAUGCAAGGUAUCAUUCUUAAUUAUAUGGAGCUCCCAGGAAUAUUCUUUCUGUAUUUUUUUCUCUUUUUCUUUGUAAUGUCUUUAACUUGAUGUUUUUGUGUGUGUGUUUUCUUUCAUCUCCUAACCCCCAGUAUGAGUUUAUUUAUUUAUUUAGGACUUUCAUUACACCAUAUGCUCUGGAUGUUUUUCCUGAUCCUCUAGCUAUUCAUUUUCCUUCACCUUGACUUUAAAUGUGUAAUUUGGUAAGGAUCUCAUCUGGGUCUUAUAACUCUCAGUUGUUUUCCUUAUGCUUGAGUGAUAAAAUAAAACCAUAAUUGUGAA